CGCGGUGCCAUGAAAGUCGGGUUAGUUGUAAACAAAACCACAUGGAUUGAUGGAAUGCUCUGAGAGAAAGUUUAUGUUUGAAGACAAUAACAGUAAAGAAAGUGAAAUAAUAACCAUUACAGAGGUGCUUCAACCAAGCUAUGGUUUAUAUGUCUGGCCCUCUGCUCCAGUCCUUGCUCAGUACAUAUGGUUCAAUAGAAAUAGGAUCAAAGGGAGGAAUAUUCUAGAGCUUGGGUCAGGAACAUCACUACCCGGGAUCUUAGCAGCAAAAUGUGGAGGUCAUGUCACACUGAGUGAUAGUGAAGACAUUCCACAUUGCUUGGAGAACUGCAGAAAAUCAUGUCAGGCCAACGGACUGCAGAAUAUUCCAGUUAUAGGAUUAACCUGGGGCAAAUUCAACAAUGCUCUACUUGAUUUGUCACCUGUUGACAUAAUUCUAGGAUCUGACUGCUUUUAUGACUCCAAAGACUUUGAAAACAUAAUCGUAACCGUGAGUUACUUGAUCAAAAAGAACAUUAAUGCAGAAUUUUGGUGCACAUAUCAAGAGAGAAGUUCAAACAGGACAAUAGAUGUACUGCUAUUGAAAUGGGGACUUGAGUGUGAAUCAGUUAGCUUGGAUUCUUUUGAUGCAGACAGCCCUUCAUUAUGUGGAUCCAGUCUACCAGGGAACCAUACAAUCCACAUGUUUAUCAUCAGAGCCAAUAAGAGAUGAGCUGCAAAAUAAUGGGACCUUGGGGUUAUUUCUAUGGUGACUGAUGAAAGGAUGCCAUAUCCUCCUUCUUGAAUUGCUGGUGAUUGAAUAAAAAUAUAAACAUUGCAGUUGAUAUAUAUUGAAAAUGAAAAUUCUCAUGAUUAUUGACAGUGUCAUCAAGCUAAGUUGUUUUUCGUAUAAGCAUGUUGGUAUAAACAAAGAUUUUAUGAAUCUUUAUUAUUGAAAGAUCUCAAAUGACCAUACAUAACACCUUCCAAUAAAUGGAUGAAAGUUGCUGAAUGACUAGAUAUUCUGUAUUUCUACAUUAUGUUCUGUCAAUGCUGACAUGAUUUUGAUUCUCAAUAAAGUGAGGAUUGUUGAUGCAGCCAAGCUGCAUUUCAUUAGA